AAUAUUUCUGCUGUGUGAUAAUUGUGCUAAAGCCCAGGCUGCUUUUGACUGCAAUGGAGGUGAGGAGCGCAGUGGAAAGUCGAGUGGGCCGGUGAUUUGCAUAGACCUUGAGGAUGAAGAUGACUGCGAAGACUUCGUACCUCCCUCCCCAGAGAAAAAAAUGCCUCCUGCCUCAUCAGCUUUUAAAGGUCCUCGAGACUCUCCUCUUGAGAAAAUAGUUGAAGAUGUGAAAAGCAGCUCACCAGACUCUGGUUUUGCCAGCUUCAAUGAAGGGCAGGAAGGUAACGUGCUGCCACAUGAAAAUCUUCUGUACAGUACGAUGGAGGGAAUCUGUGAUCUGGUGGAUUCCAUCCCAGAAAGAGAGCUGGAGUCUUUGUCUUGUGGGAAGGAGCUUCUGCGGAAGAGAGAUCACAGAAGAAGACUAUUAAAUCAUGCUGAAGUGCGCAGAAGGAAGUCCACCCUCUCUCGCACCGUAAACCACCAAACGUCUUGGGGGGACGAUAACUUUCUGUAUGGUGAGGUUUCUCUUCAGCUGAAACAGAGUUAUGCCACCGGCCCCGGAAGGAGCUCUGACUGUGGUAGCGAACUUUUCUCCAGAACGCUACCUCCUGUUGGGAACCUGCACAAAUUCCGUUCAACCCCCUUUCCUACCAAAGCGCAGCACCCGGGUGAGGCCGAUGCAUUCGCUUUUUCAGAGAGUUCUGCUCUGGACAGCGGUAUCUCAGCAGAUGCAGGAAUCUCUCUAUCCAGGCACAGGGUUCGUGAAGGAUCGUUGCUCGGGGACAAGAGAAAUGAGUGCAGGAUGCGUUCCAAGGAGACCCUGGCAGGCUUGAGGGACCAAAACAACCCCUGCUCGGCUGAGAGCCGUUUGGGAGCCGUUUGCCACUCAGCAGCAGACGACCAGGAUUUUGAUAUGGAUGCUUUUGACGAGCUGGAUGACGUGCUCUUUAGCUCCGUGGUUGAGCAGCCGUCGACGGGUCUCCGCCAACCUGUUUGGGAAGAUCAGCCUGCCGCAGGGAAAGGAAACUUCCGUCUUCCAAAUCCCGCCAAUCCCCAAUCAGACGGCUUCGUGCCUGUCAAGGGCCGUGCAGCCCCACUGGUCCAAAAUCCACCCAGAAGUGCAGCGCUGGAGUGCUUCAAAGGCUUAACAUUCCCCCAUUCUGACAAAAUGAUGAAGAUAUUUCACAAAAGAUUUGGUCUUCAUCACUUCCGAAUGAACCAGUUGGAGGCCAUCAAUGCUGCUCUGCUGAAUGAAGACUGUUUCAUCUUGAUGCCUACAGGAGGUGGCAAGAGCUUGUGCUAUCAGCUGCCGGCCUGCGUUUCCUCUGGAGUCACCAUUGUGAUCUCCCCCUUGAGAUCGCUGAUCGUCGAUCAAGUUCAAAAGCUGACAUCCAUGGAUAUUCCAGCUACUUACCUGACGGGUGAUAAGACAGAUGCCGAAGUUUCCAGGACUUACAUGCAGCUCUCAAAUAAAGAUCCCAUCAUAAAACUUCUCUAUGUCACUCCAGAGAAGGUCUGUCUGAGUGGCCGCCUGAUGUCCACCCUGGAGCACCUGUUUGAGCGGCAGCUGUUGGCCCGCUUUGUGAUUGACGAGGCGCACUGUGUCAGUCAGUGGGGCCAUGACUUCCGCCCAGACUACAAGCGGCUGAAUAUGCUUCGCAAGAAGUUUGGCUCUGUUCCUAUGAUGGCCCUCACAGCCACGGCCAACCCGAGGGUGCAGAAGGACAUCCUCAAUCAACUUGAAAUGCGUAAACCGCAAGUGUUUAGUAUGAGCUUCAACAGGCACAACUUAAAAUAUGACGUUUUGCCCAAAAAGCCAAAAAGCGUUGCUUUGGACUGUUUGCAGUGGAUCAAAAAAUAUCACCCACAUGACUCUGGAAUAAUCUACUGCCUCUCCCGGUACGAGUGCGAUGGGGUGGCCAGCAAUUUGCAGAGGGCAGGUGUGCUUGCGCUGGCAUAUCACGCUGGUCUCCCUGACAACACCAGAGACCUUGUGCAGAAGAAGUGGAUUAAUCAGGACGGAUGUCAGGUGAUCUGUGCAACCAUUGCUUUUGGCAUGGGGAUUGAUAAACCGGACGUGCGCUUUGUUAUCCACGCUUCCCUCCCCAAGUCCAUCGAGGGCUACUAUCAGGAGUCGGGCCGUGCAGGGCGCGAUGGCGAAAUGUCCCACUGCCUGCUUUUCUACACCUACAGUGAUGUCACCAGGCUCAGGAGGUUGAUUCAGAUGGAAAAAGAUCGGAACAGACAUUCUCAGCAGACUCACUUGAGUAACCUCUUCAGCAUGGUUCAUUACUGUGAGAAUGUAGUGGAGUGCCGGAGGCUGCAGCUGCUGGCUUACUUUGGGGAAACUGACUUCAAUCCAAAGUAUUGUAAGGAACAUCCUGAAGUAAGUUGUGACAACUGCAGCAAAAAACAGAAUUAUAAAUUGAAGAAUGUGACUGAAGAAGUAAAGAACAUUAUUCGGUUUGUUCAAGACUAUUGUGAUGAAAGGGGAGCAAGGAGCAUGAAGAGGAAUGUGGGAAGAUACACACUGAAUAUGAUGGUUGACAUUUUCUUGGGUACAAAAAGCGCCAAGAUUCAGUCGGGCAUAUUUGGAAAAGGAGCUGGUUACUCCCGCCAUAAUGUUGAGCGGCUGUUUAGAAAGCUAAUACUGGACAAGAUCCUGCAUGAAGAGCUGUAUAUCACGGCCAAUGACCAAGCAGUGGCCUACAUCCAGCUAGGGGAGAGAGCGCAGGCUGUGCUGAAUGGCUCUUUGCAGGUGGAGUUCUGCGAAACAGACAGCGCCAGCAGCAUUCGCAAGCAGCGGGUCUCAGCAGCCAGGACUUCCAAGCGGGAGGAGAUGGUGAAGGAGUGCCUCUCAGAACUCACAGAUGUUUGCAAAAACCUCGGGAAGCUGUUGGAUGUCCAUUACUUCAACAUUUUCAACACUGCUACCCUGAAAAGAAUAGCAGAGACAUUAUCUUCGGAUGCAGCCGUUUUGCUUCAGAUUGAUGGUGUUACAGAGGACAAACUAGAAAAGUACGGUGGAGAAAUAAUCAAAGUGAUGCAGAAAUACUCUGAAGGGACACUACCAGUAGCUGAAGAGUCAGGCCUAGCGACGGACGCUGGAAGAAGUGACAGGAUUGACGAUGAAGCCACCUGCACAACAUCUGGCUACUUCCGCAGUGGAGCCAACAAGGGAAGGAAGAGAAAAAAGCCCCAAUUCUUCAGGGAAACCAAGAAGAAGAAAACGGGCUCCAGAGGCUACCAGGCUCACUCUAAAAGGGAUAACAAAACCUGCACGUCAGCCAGCUCCAAAGGCCCAGGGGUGACUGGAGGAAUCCACAAGAGGCCUGGGAUUAUGGCACUGCCCAAACCUCGAAGCAGGCAAUACCUGAAACCUUCUUACUCCUUUGCGUGAUGUUCCCUUUGGCCACCUUUAUUUGUAUGUGCAGUAUUUUACAAGUGUCAGAAUUUUGGUUGCAAAUGUACAUUUUCUGUCAUAAUGCUUUUGUUUAAAUGUUUUUAAACGGACACACACUUGUUUGUGCCUUCCUGAAAGACAUUGGGAUCCACUUCUGGGAAAGGAAGUGAAAUGACAAGUCAAGUUCAGGCUCCUGUGCAUCUGAAUGUGUUGGAUGGGUGGAUGGUAUCAGCAGAGAGCUUGGCCGUGGCUGUUUCGCUUGGUGCUCCUUUCUGAAAUAACGACUUAAGAAAUAUCCGUGCAGAGUGAAGUGACGGCCUUCUCUUAAAGCUGCACUGAAACCUCAGAAAAGAUCCAGCCUGUGGCAUGAAGGCCUGUUUCUGGGAGUGGUCCAGUGAAAUGGACGUUCCCAGCUUUUGCCGGCCAGGGAGGCCUUGCUCUGUCGAAGGGCCUGCUGGAGGCAGUAGCCACGGUGAUUCGUUGUUACAAUGCUAUCCCAUAAUUGCUUUAAUAUUGGAGCACGCUUCUUAUGUCCUUCAUACUCCGUGUUACAAUCCAAAAAUCUUGGUUCCUUUUUUAACUUCCAGAAUAAAAUGCAAAGUGUUCAGACA